AUGGCUGCUCUUGAGACCCAGGGGGCUGCUGCCGGAGGGGAGGAGGACUGUAGCGGUAACCGCGGCGGAGUUGAGGGUGUCCGUGAUGAGGACAGUAAGGAUUGUAUCCUGGAGCUGCUUUCCCUGCCAGAAAAUCCAGGUGGCACCACCACUUCAGAAGGUUGUCCAUCUGUGCCUUGCAUUUUCUGUGAAGAACAUUUUCCUGUAGCUGAGCAAGACAAACUUCUAAAGCACAUGAUUAUUGAACAUAAGAUGGUCAUAGCUGAUGUCAAGUUGGUUGCUGACUUCUAAAGGUACAUUUUAUAUUGGAGGAAAAGGUUCACUGAGCAGCCCAUCACAGAUUUUUGUAGUGUGAUAAGGAUCAAUUCCACAGGUCCACUUGAAGAACAAGACAAUUAUUUUUUGUUAUGUGAUGUUUUGCCAGAAGAUAGAGUUCUUAGAGAAGAGCUUCAGAAGCAGAGGCUGAAAGAAAUUCUGGAACAGCAGCAGCAAGAAAGAACUGACACUAAUUUUCAUGGCAUUUGUAUGUUUUGCAGUGCAGAAUUCCUUGGAAACAGAUCUGUUCUUUUGAACCACAUGGCCAGAGAACACGCUUUCAACAUUGGAUUGCCAGACAACAUUGUAAACUGCAAUGAAUUUCUACGCAUACUACAGGAAAAGCUUGACAACUUACAGUGCUUAUACUGUGAGAAGACCUUCAGGGACAAAAAUACACUGAAAGAUCAUAUGAGAAAAAAACAGCAUCGUAGGAUCAACCCUAAGAACAGAGAAUAUGACUGAUUUUAUGUCAUCAAUUAUUUGGAACUUGGAAAAUCUUGGGAAGAGGUUCAGUUGGAAGAUGAUCGGGAGUUGCUAGACCAUCAGGAAGAUGAUUGGUCUGAUUGGGAAGAACACCCUGUCUCAGCUGUCUGCCUAUUUUGUGAAAAGCAAACAGAAACAAUCGAGAAAUUAUAUGUCCACAUGGAGGACGCACAUGAAUUUGAUCUCCUCAAAAUAAAGACAGAACUUGGAUUAAACUUCUAUCAGCAAGUGAAACUGAUCAACUUCAUUCGGAGGGAAGUUCACCAAUGUAGAUGUUACAGCUGCCAUAUGAAGUUUAAAUCCAAAGCAGACUUAAGGACUCACAUGGAAAAAGCUGAACACAUAUCACUGCUUCCUGAAAAAAAGACAUGGGAUCAACUGCAGUAUUAUUUUCCAACCUAUGAAAAUGACACUCUGCUGUGUACGUUGUCCGACAGUGAAAGUGACCUGACAGCUCAGGAACAAAAUGGAAAUAUUCCCAUUAUCAGUGAAGACACAUCUAAACUGCAUGCUUUGAAACAAAGCAGUAUUCUGAACAAGUUGCUACUAGAAGAAUGCUUGAAAAACUAGAACAAACUGCUGCAGAAGUAAUUUUUGCAUGUUUUCUCCUAUAAGACAGAUACAAAA